AUGCGUCGUUUAUACCUAGAGGUUGGUGCCUCCGUGCAAGCUGCAUUGCUUUUUCGUGGGCAUCGCUGGUGCUCAAAAACAAAAACAACAACGACAACAACAUCAUCAUCAUUAGGAGUAAAUGCAGAAGAAAAUGAUAGAAGUGAGAAGACAACUGGUACUGGUACUGGUACUGCCUCAUCAACAAAGUCAUCUACUACUGAUGUUUAUACUGUAAUGGAAAAGGCUUCAGCAGCUCGUGGGGAAAUACAUGAGUUGUGGUUGUCAACUGAAGCUACAUCCGAUAUUGAGCAGCGUGCGCAGCGUGUGGCUGAAUUAAUUGAAAAGUACAAAUUAGAUCCAUCCACACCUCGUGAAGAAGAUGUGAGCCGAGGACUAGGUGAUGCAUUUGAUCGACUAUUGUUAUUAUGUGUUCCAUUAGGCAAAGAUUCUGCAAAGAGCACUGAACAUUUGGAACGUCUUAUGCAUCUUGCUGGACGUAAUGGUAGGGAAUUAUCAGUGCGCACCAUUCAACAUCUUUUCGCUCGAACAGAUUCAUUCACAGAAGCUCUUGCUGUUUUUUAUGCGAUGCGACGAUGCCAUGUAGCGAUGAACAUGGAAGCCUAUUACGCCAUGCUCUAUUCUCUACAGAGACUUGAGGAAGAGGGAUGGGCACAACGUUUUAGUGAGGAGUAUAAGGAAGAGGGAAAACUAUCUGAACAGGCGAUGGAUUUUGUGGUGAAGGGCAUUAACAACGCUCUAUUACCGGAGAAUAAACCUUGGCUUGGUCGAGUCAUGUUUGGCGACAGAGAUGUACCGGCGCAGCGGCGUGAUGGACGAGACUUUGAUGAAUUAAGUGCCACAUGGACACAACGAUAUAAAGAGGGUUCUUCUAUCCCUUCACCCUAA